AUGGCCACGACCUGCAUAUGUAUCAUCAAGCUUGCGAGAGUUCCAUUCCCCUUCAAUCUGAGCAACCCGCCGAUUUUAGGCGCACCAGGCGGAGACUGUUUGCAGCUUCCAGGACCGAAAACGGAGAGUUUUCAUGCUUUCACUGUAGAAAAUAAAUGGAUAUUUCCCUUUUGCUCCUAUGAGUUUCUUUGUGUUCAACCAAUGCUGACGAACGCUUCUUCUCCUGCUACAGCUGACAAGAAGCAUGAUGAAGCCUCUGUUCCAAGAAGCCCAAGAAUUUGUCUGUAUUUGGGGUGUAAAAUUCUAGAAAAGAUUCAUCACUACAUGGGUAAAGGUCGUGACAUUGUUCUGAGAGUGGACAUUCAAAGAGCAGCAACUAAAAGACAGCCACUCUGCUCCCCCAUCCUCCUCGACGUCGCCCCGCAAUGCCGUGGCUCACUAUCUUACUAA